AUGAAUCAAGCUCCACCAGAAAGACCUAAUGAAUUGCAAGCUGCAUUAUUGACCCUCACCAACACUCAAACUCAGUUCAUGACAGAGACUAGAUCUUCUAUCAGAAAUCUUGAAACACAAGUGGGGCAGUUGGCUAAUAUGCUUAAUAACAGACCACAUGAGGUGUUUAAGAAGCUGCAUAUCAAUAUUCCUUUUACUGAGGCCUUGGAGCAGAUGCCCACUUAUGUAAAAUUCAUGAAAGAAAUUCUGUCUAAGAAAAUAAAGAUGGAAGAUUAUGAAACUGUGGCGCUCACUAAAGAAUGUAGUGCAAUAUUGCAGAGGAAGCUACCCCAAAAGUUGAGAGAUCCAGGGAGCUUUACUAUACCUUGCACAAUUGGAAAAUUUAAAUGUAAGCAUGCUUUAUGUGAUCUGGGGGCGAGUAUUAAUCUGAUGCCUUUAUUUGUGUUCAGAAGACUUGGUUUGGGAGAGGCAAGGCCAACAACAGUUACUCUACAAUUAGCAGAUCGAUCAGUGAAGCAUCCACGGGGUAUCAUUGAAGAUGUUCUUGUGAAGGUGGAUAAGUUUAUUUUUCCUACUGAUUUUAUCGUGAUUGACAUGGAUGAGGAUAUAGAUGUGCCCAUUAUUCUUGGUAGACCAUUUCUAGCCAUAGGCCAAGCUCUCAUUGAUGUUCAAAAGGGAGAGCUUAAACUCAGAGUUCAAGGAGAUGAGGUGGUAUUUAAUUUCUUGAAGGCAAUGAAGUGUCCGGUGGCUAGUGACAGUUGCUAUAGUGUGGAUGUGAUAGAGAAGACAAUCUCGAAAAGAAGGGUGCGAAGUGAUGCUUUAGAGGCAGUGUUAAUAGGUGAUGAGGUAGAUGAUGAUGAUGCUGAGAUGAGAGAAUAUGUAAAUUGGAUCAAUUCUUACCAACCAUAUAGGAAGAAGUUUGAAGAGUUAGCAGAGGGGCCUGAAAAACCAUUAACAUCCAUUCAACAACCACCAUAG